AAGCAUGACGUCUCCAUCCACAAUGCAUGCCUGGAGGAAGCAUAAAGGGAAUCCAAAUCCAGUUUGGGAAGAGCUUCCUGUACCCUCGACCCCCGUGAGUGGGUUUCUGGUCAAGCUAUUGGCAUCAGGAGUAUGUCAUAGUGAUCAGCCUCUUCUGGACAUUGAAGACCGGCCACAUUUCAAUGAGAAGUACAUCCUGGGUCACGAAGGAUGUGGUGAAAUUAUAGAAAUUGGGGGGCAAGUGACAGAUCAAAGAUUCAAGUUGGGGGAUAAAGUGGCUCUUCUUGCUGUACCUGGAUGCGGCUUAGAUAUCUGUACUGAAUGUUCACGCGAUAUACCACAACUAUGCCCGGGUAGCAAGCACCAUGGGAUUGGUCAGGACGGGUUUUAUGCUGAGUACGUUGCGGUCGAUGUUCGUGCCGCGAUUCCAUUACCAGAUGGUGUCCCUCCAGCUGUAGCUGCAGUCGCGACAGAUGCCGUCAACACGGCCUAUCACGGUAUAACCCGCCGUGCUAAGGUCAAGAAAGAAGAGACAACUUUUCUUUUUGGUCUUGGGGGGCUUGGCUUCAAUGCACUGCAGAUAGUGAAAGCUAUUGGUUCUCGAGUCAUUGUAUCUGAUCUGCGACAGGAAAAGCUAGAUGCUGCUCUGAAGCUGGGUGUUCCACGGGAGGAUAUCAUUCCUAUUGGAAAGUCAGUGCAGGAUUUUGUCAAGGAAAAUUGCUUACAGGGAAAGAUUGAUACCAUAUUGGAAUUUGUAGGAAAGCAUCAAACUUUUCAAGAUGCACAGCAAAUCGUUCGUCCUGGAGGCAAAAUCCUGUGUGUAGGGACUCUCGACCGCACGAAUGAACUGGACAUGAAAAUCGGCAUCCGCAAGAGACUGAGCAUUAUAUUCACCUACGGUGGACAGCAGUCGGAUCUGGUGGAAGUGCUUGACCUGAUUGCCAAGGAAGUCAUCCAGCCCCAAGUGGAAUUGGGCAAGUUGCAGGAUUUUCCAAAGGUCCUUAAAGAUCUGGGAGAUGGCAAGAUAAAGGACCGGAUAGCUUUGGUGUCAGAUCGUGCCUGAGAUGGUCGAAUUAUCAUAGGGCAUUCAUGUAUCCUAGAUCAUAAUCUUUCCAG